CUGAGGUAUGAAACCAUGGAGGAAGACUUAACUUGCCCUGUGUGUCUUGAGUUAUAUGCUGACCCCUUGAUGAUGCCUUGCUCUCACAGCGUUUGUAAGGCUUGCCUACAUGACGUUAUGAAAAGCAGAGGAAAGCAGGGGAAAGAUGGUAAUACUAUGAACAUAAAUCAUUAUCUUUAUGAAGAUAAUACUGCAUGAGGUAUCUGCAACCUAAUUAGAUUUUUUUUUACAAAUGAAAACAAAUGAUUUUCAUUACCGCAUGCUAGAUUUAAUAAAAGCUAAAUGUUUUGAUAUUAUUUCUUCCAAUAGUUUCAUCUAACUAGCAAUACGUUUGUCAUUUUCACAUAAUUUUUCAGAUCUUGAGUGCCCAGCCUGCAGGCAAAGCCACAAGCUAACUGCUGAGCAGGUCAACAAGCUGCCCAAAAAUCUUGCCCUUGAAAAUAUUGUCUUCCGCUACCAAGAGAUUCGCAGCUGCAGCAUGAGCAACACAGGGAACAUGAAAACUGUUUACAGUGCAGCGGAUUCAAUAUCACUCUCUGCUUAUUCUCCUGUGGAAGAUCUUGAUUUUGUGUUUGAAGACGGUUCAGACGAGUGCCAUUGUGGUAAGGGGAUAUAUCUAUUGAAAGUAUUGGAACUCUUUUAAGUAUUAGAUGUUAUUUUUCAGGCAGCAAUUUGGCCUGAAGCUCCACCUGGCCAUUUGACCAAAUCUUGUUCCACUAUUUAUUUACUUCACACGGCUUGAACGUUGUCCCUCUUUUAUUAUAAUUUAAAAACAUUACAAUCUGCUAAAACAUGAUUCUCCAAUAUGACCUGCCUGUAAAUGAACAAAAUAAAUAUCUAUAAUCUAUAAUAAUUUACAAAGAAAACUAUAAUAAAAGGGUGUUUAUAAGUGACAGAGAUAACAUUGAAGGUAUGAAUUAUCUGGCCCUAAUUCUUAGGCAGCAACACAACUUCAUAUUUAAAAUUUUAACUUAUAUUUAAAAUAAUUGACAUCUCGUAAAAAAAAAAUUCAUCUUCUAACACCCCUUUGAAUUACUGUGAAACUUUUGUGUUUACAUAUGUCAUGCUGUAAUGGCUGUUAAAAUAAGUAAGUGUUUCAGUUUCUAUAUAUUUCUUUUCAUCACCAUUUUAGGCAUGUGUGAUGAAGCCAAGAAAAGACACGCAGAUUGGUUCUGCCAACAAUGCCAAGUUUUGUACUGUCAGCAGUGUUUAGACGUCUAUCACCCUAAACGCGGACCACUUGUCAAACAUAAGGUG